CCCCAGGCUGUGGCCUGCGCCGUCCACAUCGUCCGCAAAGUCCCGGAGCUCUCUGACGUCUUUGUCCCCGUCUGCGACCGGCUCCUCAAGGAGCGACGCCACGGCCUUCUUCACGUCACCCUGCUCUUGAUCACGGAAAUGUGCGAGCGAAGCCCGGAUGUCUUGAGUCACUUCCGCAAGGCCGUGCCCCAAGUGGUGGAGAUGCUGCGCAACUUAGAGGUGUCGGGGUACUCGCCGGAGCACAGCAUCAUGGGGGUCAGUGACCCCUUCCUGCAGGUGCGCGCCCUGCGGCUGCUGAGAGUCCUGGGACAGGGCAGUGAGGAGACCAGCGAGGCCAUGAACGACAUCCUGGCCCAGGUGGCCACAAACACGGAGACCUUGCACAACGUGGGGAGCGCGGUGCUGUACGAGACGGUGCUGACCAUCACAGCGGUGCGCUCGGCGCCCGGCCUGCGGGUUCUGGCUGUCAAUAUUCUGGGACGAUUCCUCCUCAGCAGGGAUCGGAACAUCAGGUCUGUGGCCCUGACGUCCCUGCUGCGGCUGGUGCAUGCGGAGCAGAGCGCCCUCCAGAGGCACCGUGCCACCGUGCUGGCCUGUCUGCGUGACCCGGACCCCUCCAUCCACCGACGCGCCCUGGAUCUCAGCCUGGCCCUGCUGACGGGUGCCAACAUCCGGACCAUGACCCAGGAGCUGCUGGGUUUCCUGGAGACCUGCCCCCCGGCCAUGAAGCCCCCCUGCGCCUCAGGGCUGCUCCUCGCUGCCGAGAGAUUUGCUCCGAACAAACGCUGGCAUAUAGACACCAUGCUGCAAGUGCUGACCAUGGUGAGAGGCGGGCAUCUGGGGGUGCAGCAGACCAGGGAUACCCCAAUGCUGUGUAUGCACCCCAAAUCUCCAUACAACCCCACCAGCUCCCCCACGCACCCUGCCCCCCACAUCUCCAGGCAUAGCCCUGACACCCGGGGGAGUUUUGUCCCGCCUCUCUCCCCGGUCUCCCUGCACCCCCGGACCCCCCUUUACCGCUGGAGGGUGAUGGGGCCCCAAUUUGUCUCCACCAGCCGCAUCCGGCGGAUCGUCUCUGUGUUCGGCAGCUGCCAUGACAUCGAGCUCCAGCAGAGGGCGGUGGAGUACAACGCCCUCUUCAGAAGAUAUGACCACCUCAGGGCGUCUGUGCUGGAGAAGAUGCCCCUGGUGAAGGCGGAGGAGGAGGAAGGAGCUGAGCUUGUUGCACCAGGAGGCCAGAAGAGGGCGCCGUCCCCCAGCUCUAAGGAGGAGCCCAGCCAGGUCGCUGACCUCUUGGAUCUCCUUGCGGGGGCCCCAGCUCCCCCCCGGGCCCCCGUGAGCUCAGACGCUCCCGUGACUGAAUCGCUGCUGGACUUGCUGGAAGACUUGACCACCGGUGGUAAAUCAGGGGGUGAGGAAUGGGGGGCUGGGAAGAGCGCCCCCCAUCCCCCCGCUGACAGUGUGGGAGGGGACGGGCUGCGGCUGGACUUUGCCUUCCAGCGCCCCCCGGGGGACCCCCACCUGCUCCUCGUCACGGCCAGCGCCAGCCGCACUCGCCCCGGCACCGCCUCGGGGUUCCUGCUCCAGGCGGCUGUGCCCAAGGUGAGCCCCCCAUUCCCUUCCAAUAACCAGUGA